ACGUUUCUCUCCCGUCCCUCCUACUUGCCGAAAAGAGGUUAAUCUUCUGUAACAUAAAAACUAAAACAGUUACUUCUGCAAUUAUUGUUUUUUUGUGAUGAAUGGAAAUACUAGUAAUAUCACAGUUGAACGGAAUUGAGAUUUCACCUUUCAGAUAUAACUACAACUAAGUUUUUAUUUAUAUAAAUUGUAUUAAUGACAGCUGGUAAAGCGAUACUUGACUAACAAACGGUUCAGAUGUUGUGUUGACUAUAAACGAAACCUUCUAAUUUCGAACUCAUCGGACUUAAACUGGAAUUAUGUAUUUCCAAUGAAUGAUAAAAUUUCUAGUCUCUAAAUAAACAUGUCUAGGAAUAAUUUAGAUGGUUCAAGAAGCUUUUCAUCAAACAGCUGCAAUAGUACUGCUUCAGAGUUUGAAAUCGUCGAAAAGAUCGGGAAUGGAAUCGAGGAAUUAUCAGUCUCUAAAAAUACGAAAACUUCAUCCUCUGCUACAAAAUCUCAGAAAGCCAAAAGGAUUAGAUUUUAUCACAAUGGCAACAAAUUUUUCCCUGGCGUUGUAGUUCCAGUAAAUAGUGAUCGUUAUAGAUCUUUUGAUAGCUUGACUACUGAAUUGACUAAUUUACUUACCAGAAAUGUUACAUUACCAAAUGGAGUGCGUCAUAUUUACUCCAUGGAUGGUAAAAAGAUAGCAAGUAUUGAUGAAUUAGAAGAAGGUAAAGAGUACAUUUGUGCUGGGAAAGGAGAAGUUUUCAAAAAAGCUGAAUAUUCUAAAACUGAUACGUUAAGGUCUAAUAAAAGGAAGUCUGCUAAUAAACAACAAAGUAAUACUUCAUUACCUAAAGUAGUCCCUCCAAAUUGUAUACGUCCUAGAAUUGUUACUCUUGUAAGAAAUGGCAUCAAACCCAGAAAGGUUCUACGUUUGCUUUUGAACAAACGUAACUCAUCAAGUAUGGAUCAGGUACUUGGAGCAUUAACUGAGGUUGCCAACUUAGACUCUGGAGCAGUUAGGAAAGUUUUCACUUUAGCGGGUCAGUCAGUUACAGAUUUAUCACAGUUUUUUUCUGAGGAAGAUGUAUUUUUUGUGUGCGGUAAUGAAAGAUGCACUCAAGACAAUUUUGAGUUGGAUUUCGAAGAGAGUAAAGCAAUACAACAGUACAAAAAAACUCCAGGUCUCAAAAAUGGUAAUGGACCUAAACCAAAAAUGCCCAGAAAAUCAUUGAAUCGUACUUAUGUGUCUGAAGAAAGUAUUCUAGAAAAAUUGAAUGAAAAUAUUAAUUCGUGUUUACCUUCACAAUUAAAAAAGAAAUAUACUGUUGGCCGAUCAAUUGGAGAUGGUAACUUUGCUGUAGUUCGACUGUGUAAGGAUAAUAGCGACAAUAAAGAAUAUGCUUUGAAGAUAAUAGAUAAAUCCAAGUGUAAAGGAAAGGAGGAUAUGAUUGAAAAUGAAGUUAAAAUAUUAAGAAAAAUAAGUCAUCCUAAUAUAAUGUCAUUGAUAAGUGAUCAAGAUACUAAAAAUUUAUUGUUUUUGGUUUGUGAGUAUGUACAAGGUGGGGACCUUUUUGAUGCGAUUGCCCUAGCCCAAAAAUUCUCAGAAGAGCAAGCUGCUUUAUUAGUAAAUCAUUUAGUUUUGGCUUUAGCUUAUCUACAUAGUUUGAAUAUUGUUCACAGGGAUGUAAAACCAGAAAAUUUAUUGGUUGAGUUUGAGAAUAACAGAAUAAGAACAUUGAAGUUAGCAGAUUUCGGAUUGGCUUGUGAAGUAGCUAAACCACUAUAUACAGUUUGUGGAACACCCACCUAUGUAGCUCCUGAAAUAUUGGCAGAGUCAGGUUAUGGAUUGAAGAUUGACGUUUGGGCAGCAGGAGUCAUUUUGUAUAUUCUACUGUGUGGCUAUCCACCUUUUGUUAGUCAAGACAAUGAUCAAGAAAAAUUAUUUGACUGUAUACUAUCGGGUCAAUAUGAUUUUCCUGAUGAAUAUUGGGGGGAAGUCUCAGAACUGGCUAAGGAACUCAUUCAAAAUAUGCUUCAACUAGCGCCCGAAAUAAGAUUUUCAGCAGAAGAUGUACUAGAUCAUCCAUGGCUUCAACUUUCACAGGAGCCUCCCUACAUGCAACCAGAUAAUUUAUUUAACUCGAUUUUAUUUUUCCACAAAAUGCCUUGAUAGAGAAUGGAAAAAUAUGGUUUAUGAAUUGGAUAAUAGUAUUUGACUCAAAUUAUCUGAAGCAAUAUUGUCUAAUAUUUUAAUAUUUGAUACAAAAUAUAUAUAACUCAUUAUAUUUUUUUAGUGUGCUCAAAUAUGAAUAAAGAAUCUUUAGUUCAAAAUAUUCCUGGUGUAAUUCAGGGGAAUAUGUAUUCAUUUCUAAAAAAUGAGGAAAAGUUGGGUACUUGUGGGCACUUGAUAGGAUUUCAUCUUUUUUCUUGGUUUGGUUUUUCUAUUAUUUAUACUUAGAUGAAAUUCACAUUUCUUUAAUUAAUAAUCCACUGUCUUAUUGCAAAUAGGGUUUUCGAACCAUAAUUUCACCUAAAAUUUAUGAUAUUUUUAACGUCAAGGUUUUAUAAUAUAAACAUUGUUUUCAAAUCGACCAAAACCUCUGGCUGUCUGAAGAAGCAAGAAUGAUUUUGAAACAGAUGAAGUGCCUAUAUUCUAAUAAUCUUUGUUCAACAUUUUGAUGAAUUGUUAUACAUAUAUGAUGAACCAAUUGAAAUUUCAAUAAGUGGUAUACAUGUCACUGAUUUGUUGAGCUAUACAAGAAUCCAAUUGAUGCUCAGGAAGUCCUUUUUUUUCACAUUAAUAGGAAUCUCUUCUCAAAUGAAGACUGAUAGAUUAUGAGAUAUGUAAUCAAUAUUCACAUCCUAUUUUAAGUCUCAAAAAUAUCUUAUUAUAUUUUAGUUUUCAUGGAAAGUAAAAAAUUGCAUAUCAUGUAAAGAACCAAAGUUUUUUAGUUUAUUCCAAACAUCCUCUUAUUUAACCAAAGUGUCUCGAAAUUUGAAUGUUAAAAAUAUUUGAAAUAAAUUUUCAAGAAUAUAAUAUAUGACGAAAUUAUAGUAAGUUUAUUAUAGUUUUCUAUUGCUGGAAUAGGCAAAUUAUUGCAAUGUUAAUUGAAUAAACUUUUGUGAUGAAUUUUUAACGACUAUAAACGAUUUGGUAAUUGUAUUUAUUUUGUAACGAUAUUAGUUAAAUGAGUAUUUAUUUAUGCGUUUAAACAUCACUGUUCAUUUUAUUGUGUUUUAUUUUUUAUAUUUUAUAUGUACCAUAUUGAAAUUUUCAAUAUUGAAUUGUAAAUAAACGCUUUCAGUUUU